AUGAAGGUCGCAUCGUUCAAGAUUGUUUUCAUUACCCUGGCUCUUAAUGCCUUCCUACCAAAGCAGGUCGCUUUGGGCAGAAAAGCCUCUUCGACUUCAGAAGCAAUGAGUAUUCUGUCGCGCUGUCCCCAAAGCAAGUGCUUGGUAACUGUCUCCGCCGCUAAAAAAGCCCAGCUUGAGCCUUGAAGUUACAAUACUGCAUUUUAACCUUAUCUUAGUCCUUUCCCUGUCAAAAAUUACUGAGAUAUUGCUUUCUCUUUGUAAAAUAGACGGAUGCAGUUUCUUGUCUUGCCGGAGCGCAGUACAGCGUUUCACAUAAUUCAGGUAUGAACUUCAAGUUACUUAGAAUGGAGAAAAAGUGAUUGCCCCUCGCUGAUGAGAGUAGUUGUGUUUCAACUACAAAGGCAUUUUUUUUCCUCAUCAAACUAAUACUGAUAUUAACUUUGAUCCCUCUGAAAUUAACGUAACGCACAAUUUAAUUAUUUGGACUUAAUUGCUGUCUAAGAAUAACUACUAAAAAUCGCGAAAACAACUUUAUUGAAAAGAGAGAUGUCACGGAUCACUAGUCAUAAAUUCAAAAUCUUGUGGACCAGAAAUUAGUCACGUAUCACUAAAAACAUAUAUAUUAUUUUUUUAACGCUUAUCUGUUUCUUUUGUUGUAGAUCACACAAAAAAAAGUGGAAAAAAUAGAGAAAGAGGUGAGCUUCUAUUUUCAAAUUGACGACGCUUAAUUCUGGAAUUCGCGCAUAAUUAAAAAAAAAUCAAGAGAAAGAGCUUUUUUCAUGUCAUUUAAUAUUCGUUACUGUACUCUCCUUUUCGAUCCUUUACAAAAGAUUCUUUGCAGCUUGUUUUUCCUCAGAUGUAAUUGUUGGUUCAAUAUGCAGUGAAUAAACAGAGAAAUGGUUUACCACUUUUUUUUGCUGAUUUAGUUUGUUUGGCCUCGUAGUUGACGUUUAUAUUAAAGCCGACCAAUAAACAUCAAGUCCUACUCAUCGUAAUUGGAGAUUUCUACCUCAUUUUGCUAUAUAAAGCCUAAAUUUCAACUAAAAACUCUUAAUAAGCUUAAGUUAGUCUACGUCCCGUAAUCAGCAUUAGCCGAUACUAGCUAGUCCCUUUUAGAUAACACUACCGAUCUAUUUACUUUGCUUUGUAAAGUUAUUCAUGUGCAUAAUGGAGAAUAAGAAUACUUUCAAAAAUUUCAAUCAUAUUUUUUCAGGAAAAGUAAGCCUUUGUUUUGUACCAAAAUAAGGUUACAAACCACUUAGUUGGCAUUGUACACUUUCCCUUUUAUACAAAGUGUAGGCAAUAAAAUCACUUCUUCUGCUAUCAAAGAGAGAAAGUGAGUUUGUUUAAAAGCACGUAAGCAACAAGUCAACGCAUUCCUUUCAUUUUGUUCUGUUUUUCGUUCUUGGAAUCUUUUCAGGUCGCUAACUUAAAAGCAGAACUCGGAAAAGCGGGCAAACCUUCUGGCUUCGCCAAGCUCGAUAGCAAUGGCCGCUUGCCCCACAACCUUCUUGUAGCAGGUUAUGAUAAGUACUCUGCGUAGGACUUGGCGUGGCAGUCUCUCCACAUGGCGGCUGCUGCUGCCUGCAGAGGAAGUACAUCUUCAGGAGGAACUGGUUGCUGUGGGAACCAAGUGA